GGCGAUUCGCUCGCGCGCACCGGGUGUUCCAAGAUGCGCUUUUGCUGUUUUGUUAUGCUAAUCAUUGGAACUUAUUGGUUAUUUUAUAUUUUUCCAAUUAAUACCAAAAAUGUUCCAGUGUACUAACAUGGUACUAUUCUAAAUUUGUUUGGCUAUGGUAAUACUACGCAACUGACGCAACGAGCCACUUGCCAUGUCUUGCGCUGUAGUUGUCGCGUGUUGUCGUUCGUAGUUGACAUGGUAGUUGACCACGGUUGACAAGUUGUUCCUUUAUUCUAUGGGUUGACCAUGAAAUAAUUCAAGUACUGAAGUGGGAGUACCUGCGCCGUUCCUGUUCCCUUGAACGUCGUGAAUAUAACAUUGGAGAAAAACCCACGCAAGCGCUUCACCAUUUCAAAGCGUACUGUGUGAAACGCCGCAAGUAUUGUUAAAAAUGCGUUUCUGAAGUUUUCAUGAGGUCUUCGGCACUGCCAUCGUAUCAUCACCGUGUGUGCAUCACUGUGCAAAGAGUGGUCUUUGAGUGACUAGCGUGUGAAGCAGUGCAAUGAGUGAUAAAGACACUCAUCUUGAAGAAUGGGAAGCGCCCGACAAGUCAUUUCGCAAAAUAAUUGUAAAGGCCGGGCACAUUGGAAAGAAGCCUUUGCAUGAGUCGUCUUGUCGCUGUAAUGUUUUAUCGGACGAGGAAGGAAUUGUUGGUCUUGGAAGUGGCGUUCGGACUAAAACCUUAGUCAUCGGGGAUGUUUCGAGCGAAGUGGAACUGAUCCUUGAAAAAUGCUUGAUGACAAUGAACACUGAAGAGGUUUGCGAUUUAUUAUUUACUCUUCCGCUAAGCAUCACAGUGCCGUACGUACCGAAAGCUGCCUACCUCCACUGUGGCAACCGGCCAGCGACAGACCGCAGCAACGUCUCACGCGCACAAGGGGACACUAUGAAAGACAGUAAUAAGGAAGCUGGUGACGUGUCGCAUAACAGAGGAGCACCACCAGAAAAGCCUGUUGUGACUCCUAAGAGCUACAGAGUUCGAAUAGAACUGGAAACGUUUAGCAAUGUUCCCCAUGUCUGCGAUAUGACUAGUGCAGACAAGUGGCGACAUGCAUGUGAACACAGGGAUAAGGGCAGUCAGUUAUUCUCUACAAAGCACUACAGGUGGGCCUUCAGACACUUUAGCUGGUCAUACAAGUAUGUAAUUUCAUUAGAACAUGAUAAUGUACCUGAUGAUGUGACCAGACAGCUAGAACUAGACAUCCAAGGUUUGAAACUAAAGUGUCUGCUGAACCUUGCAGCAUGUCAGCUACAGAAUUAUACCUACGAUCACGCCGUUGAAAAUUGCACGCUUGCCCUGGAGAUAGACCCAAACAAUGUCAAAGCCUUAUACCGACGUGGCACUGCACUAAUCCAAUUACAAGAGUACGAGCGAGCUAAAUGUGACCUUGAGCAGGCCAAGCAUUUGGACCCUAAGAAUACUGCUGUUGAUACACAGUUGGAGAUUGUUAAGGAGCGCACAUGCAAGCUAAACAGAUAUUUUGCUGUAGCCAUGAAGAAACUGUUUCAAUAAAGCUGCUUAAAUAAAUGCAAUUUACAGAAGCUUCUUUUAUCCCUGCAUACAGCUUAUAAUUGUGCAUUGCAGUGGCUAAAAAUGGUAGACGACCCUAAUCUUUGACUUAGGCAUCUAUUAGUGGCACUUGCAGCACGGUGUUGGUGUUCUUUAGGUUAAGCGACUGAACCAUAGAAUAAAGAACGUCUUUCCCCUGGCAAGGUGUAGGCCCCAGCGAGCGGCGCACGAAGCGCAUAUUAUGCGCCCUCUCCAGUGCCAACGUCAAAGCACGUAACGAGCGCACGCGCAGCUGUUGUGAGCAAGCGAGCAGGUGAGCGCUGGGAGAGAAGUGAGAGAGGAGGGAGUCGCAUAACAUCUGCUUUGCUAGGCAGAUGUUGUCUAUGCCAGAUUUCUAGGAAUUUUGCCAAAGUAGUGCUCAUAUGGCUGGUCUCUAAAAUCUAUGAUUCCGCAUUUUGAUUUAUUUUUAAUUUUGUUUCUGGUCAUCUUUGGAGGUGAACUGGAAGUGCUGCAAGGAAACAAGAAUGUCAAUCGCUGCUCGUGCCACUAAAAUUGUGAAGUUUGUUUUACACGUUGCCAUUUUACUUGCAAAUUUGCAUCUCCAAAUUGCAAGUGCGAAUUCUGCCCUUUUCUGCAAAAUCGCAUGUGCAAGUGGACUAAUAAUGUGGAUCGUUAGACACAUCACUGUGGCUGGCCUGCUCAGUUCUUGUUUUGACAGAGUAACAAAUUCAAACACAAAAGAACUUUUCAUGAAAAGUUCCUAGUUUGUUUUACUUUGUUUUUAACCAAAGCAGACUUAAUAAGCUUACGCAAUGUACUCUUCCACUAGGUGCUCAAGAAUGCCAAAAUUACAGCUGCCGUGAUCGGUGCACAUGAAAUGGGCAUUUGUGACAAAUGCAGUGUAAGAUCGCAGCAUGUGAAAUGGGCAUUAGUGCUUAGUGGUUAUGGUGUUGUGCUGCUGAGCACAAGGUCGCAGGUUUGAUUCCCGGUCGCAGUGGUGGCAUUCCGUUGUGGACGGAAUGCAAAAGCACUCGAGUGCUGUAUAAUGGGUGCACAUUAAAGAACCCCAGGCGGUCAUAAUUAAUCUGGCGCUCUCCACUAUGGCAUCUUUCAUAACCCAGUGUCCAGAGUUAAUUUUUAACAGACAUUAUUUAGUCCGUGGUUGGGUAAAUUUGUUUUGCCUCCCAACCAUUCUUUUCAUUUUUCCUCACAUUUCCCUGCACACUUAGUGAAAGCAGUCAGCAAUGAACACUGCAUACUCCCUUGCAUGAAGGUGUGUAGAAAGGUGCCAGUACCAUCAACAAGAAGUCGUGCUGCAAAGCCAGGCAACUACAUUUGCUAGGAGGAAACAUUUCCAGGCAAAAAGCAGCUCCUGGCUGACAUGCUGUCAAGAUCGUCGCCAGCUGCAGCUGGGGAUACCACUGGGUCCAGCGAGGAUGUAGAAGUCCACGCAACAAGCAUUGUCUCGGAUUUGAUACGACUUCCAUCAUGUGACUUCAUGCCCACGUUUCCCCCAGUCCGACGGCCUCGCCGAGAAACGUGUUCAAAUUGUAAAACGAAUUAUGAAAAAGACUAGGGAUUCGAAACAGGAUUUUUGGCUUGGGUUAUUAAGCUACCGUUCGUGCCCUCUCGAAAACGGUCGCUCACCGAGUGAACUCCUACAGGGAAGACGCCUACGCACAAGACUUCCGGACUUCAGCCAACGCUCAAGUAUUCACGUGACUAAACAUAAGCAGUCCGAAGCUCGGGGCCGAUGCCUACCAGCACUCCAGAAAGGCGAUGUCGUAAGGAUCAAGGACAAGUCAUAGACUCGCAAGGCACAGGUGCUAGGGCCAGCCGCACCAAGGUCAUAUGAGGUAGCUACGGAAGAUGGCAGAAAGUCACGACGCAACCGGCGACACUUGCCGAGGACGUGCGAGAAGUAUCGUAAAAAACCAUUGAAAAGUGAGCUCUCGUCGAGUGACGAUAGUGAUGGUGCCACCGAGCUAGAAUUUCCCCAGUGCGUACGCAACGAGGAAAAUCGAAAUCACACACCAGCUUUAGGGCAGAGUGCGCAGGCUGAUAGCCAGGAUUAUCAGAGCCAGGAUGGUUCUCAGAAUUUCAUUCCUCAUCCAGUCCUACGCAGAUCAGCGCGGCAGACACGACCUCCUGACCGACUAUGCUACGAUAGUAACUUUAAUCAAGUAGCAUAAACUGUUAUGUGUCCAUAAGGAGAUGUAUCAUGCAAGGCUCACCUGCCAUGCGAGCGCAUGCUCUGCUACCACUAUGCGAAUGAGCUACAGAUAAAGACUACACGUGCUUAUCAUGCAGGGUACUAUGUAUACCUACCUCGUCUUGUUAAUAAAGGUUCUUUGUUGCUGACUUA